UCCUUUCUUUCUGACAUUUAAGACAAAAUACCACAAUCUAUCCACAAGACACGGGUGUUUCUUUUGUUGUGUCCUUACAAUAUAAAGGACGUUUUUGGUGGUCAAGUGAACCGAUUAAAAUUUGAAUUGUGGAGUAGCACAGGAGGGAAAUAAAUCAGAGGUUUUAUUCUGCCAGUUCGCCCCAGUUCGGGCGAGCUGGUAGCGGCGCUGGCAAGAGGCUCCACCCACUCAGAUGUCACCACAGAUGCUCUGCGUAUGCGUUGAAGGUUCUGCGCAUGUGCAGAAGUGCGGGCUCCCCAGUUCCAAACUGGUAGCAAAGAUAAUAGGAUUUCAUGCCUGAAACAAAUCCCUGGAAGAUUUAUGUAGAAAAUUUGAAAUUGCUUUCUUCCAAUGUCCAUUCCAUUUGCCAAAUAAUGCUGUCCUAAUAUCUUUCUGUUUUAUUCUUACAACACAAACACAGCAAUAUGGCUAUGUCUUUUAUUUUUCCAGCCCGAGACGCUAUCAAUCAAAUUCCUUUCCCACAGCAACCAAUUCAAGUCAAAGUGAAAGCUGUGCUUAAAAAAAGAGACUAUGGACCAAAGUACACCAAGAAUAACUUCAUCACUGGCGUGAGAGCAAUAAGUGAAUUUUGCCUUAAGUCCAGUGAUCUUGACCAGCUUAGGAAAAUCAAGCGGCGAAGCCCUCACAACGACACGGAAGCUUUCACUGUCUUUUUGAGAUCGGAAGUGGAAGCUAAGUCUAUAGAAGUCUGGGGAAGCCCUGAAGCUCUCGCUCGAGAGAGGAAAAGACGCAUAGAGGCUGAAAGGGAGUACAUGGAAAAAUUAUUUAGAAGCCAGAAGUUGUUGAGAGAAUACCGAAAUUUCCAAGGAGAAACCAAGCCACGUUCCCGUGCCUCAGCUGUGUUUCUGAGCGGACCAGGAAAAGUGGUGAUGGUCGCUAUUUGCAUAAACGGCUUGAAUUUUUUCUUCAAACUCCUUGCCUGGGUGUAUACGGGCUCUGCCAGCAUGUUCUCCGAAGCCAUACAUUCCUUAGCAGAUACUUGCAAUCAAGCCUUGCUCGCGUUGGGGAUCAGCCAGUCGGUGAGGAUACCUGACGAAAGCCACCCGUAUGGCUUCACAAACAUGCGCUACAUCGCUUCCCUGAUUAGCGGCGUUGGCAUUUUCAUGAUGGGGGCCGGUCUCUCGUGGUAUCACGGGAUUAUAGGGUUACUCAAUCCUCAGCCGAUAGAAUCCCUUCUUUGGGCUUACUGUAUUUUAGCAGGCUCUUUGGUGUCGGAAGGAGGCAACCCCUACUAUGACAGUCUGGGCUCUCUGGGCGUGGGAACUCUGCUGGGAGUUGUCUCGGCAUUCCUCAUCUACACUAACACAGAAGCCCUCCUGGGCAGAUCCAUCCAGCCCGACCGUCUUCAGAAGUUGACCGAGUUAUUGGAAUGUGAUGCUGUUGUGCGAGCGAUCCAUGACGUCAAAGCUACAGAUAUGGGGAUGAACAAAGUGAGAUUCAAAGCAGAAGUGGACUUCGAUGGCCGGGUGGUCACUCGCUCCUACCUGGAGAAACAAGACAUUGAGCAACUGCUACAAAAACUGAAUCCUGAAGUACGGCAUGUCGAUUUGGAAAUAUUGUAGUCUUCGUAUGGAAUCCAUUUCUUCAGAUCUCUUUUUUUUUGGGGGGGGGGGAUCAGCUUCUUGGAGGAUGGAGCCACCCGCUACAACUUCGGAGAUCUCCAACCAUUUCAAGUUCCCUGAUUUUCAUGCCGAUUUUAACCUCCCUCGGCGAUCGGCUUUCUUUAAAACCGGCUACUUAGAGCUGCUUUUACUGCCUUUUGACGUGGAUCCGUAGAACAUUUGCAACUAGACACUUUAAAUAAGUUAUUUUACAUGUCUGUUUCGGGGUGGGGGUGGGGGUGGGAGAGAGAAAUGCACCCUAUAUAUUUUACAACCCUCUUUCAAGUAUUUUUAAUCUGGUUUUGCAGAAUCAUCCCCGUUUGAAGACUGCGUUUCUCCUAGGCUCAAUUUGAGGAAUUCUAGUUUUGUAGUCUUUUUAUCUGCUAUUUCUUUUCCUUUUUUUUUUCCUUCUCUGAAUUUUGGUGUCUGCAGGAUUCCCCAUUUUAGUUCUCCCUGUAGAUGGUUUGAGAUGAUCACUUCCAACCUCUGGCUCAGUGUUACGACCUUGUAGCUACUCCUAGCAAGCUCCAUAGCUUUGAACCACAAGAUCUGGACAAAUUUUGGGAGAUUUCCCCCUCCUAACCGUGUACAUAAAAGCAGCAGGUUUUAGAAUCGUGGUACACGAGCGGUGCUUAAGAUACCAGCCCGUGAGAUAAUUAAACGGCUGGGCUAAAGAUUUGGAAGGUUUUUAAUCUCAUCUUCCAGCUGUUGACUUUGCGCAAUCAAAAGGCCAAACCCGGAAAAUCGCUUGUUAUCAUUUGGCUUUGUUCUAAAAAUCUCCAUUGUGUUGUUUUCCUUUGUGCAACGAUGGAUAUUAUUAAUAUUUUUGCGGGAGACGCCAGAAGGAACAUCGGGAGGAACUUUCCAGAUGUUCAGGCUUGUCCCUUGUCCUCCAAGCACAGUGGACUUCAAGGCUUUCCCAGACAAGCGUGAGAAUUGUAAUGGAGCACAUCUGGAGGGAGGUUUUUCUCGUGGAAAGUGGGUCAUGAAUGCUAGCUCCUCACUGCUCUUCUCAAACCAAUGUAUUUGUUGGAGUACCCCGUUUCCCCGAAAAUAAGACCUCCCCGAUAAGCCUAACUGGGCCUUUGAGCACAUGUGCUAAAAUAAGCU